UGUAUGGUAUUAGAAAUUAUUGACAACCAUUUAAGAUAGCCAUAUGUGAGACUGGAGCACUAUGACAGUACAAAUAACACUAUCUUCUAUAUAUAUCUGAGAUCGCAAAUACGCACCAAGUAGAGAAGACAUUAACUCUUUUCUCAUGUUUAGCAUUCACACAAUAAAUCAAAACUUCAUAAAGAGUAUGAAUCUUAAAAUCUCCAAGUUAGCAUACCAUUACUUGAUUCCUGCCAUCUCUGUUGGUCUAUUUCUCAUCCCUCCUCUCCUGGUUGAAGCUAGUCAGACAAAACAUGAGGAUGCGUAUGAGCUUUGGCAUCAUCACAUCAUCAAGCACCAUCUAGUUGCAACUAUAAGUUUUGUGGGUGUCAUUGUUUUAGGUUCAAUGGUUUACACGAGGAAACGCUCUCAAACUAUCUACCUAGUUGAUUUUGCAUGUUAUCGCCCACCUUCUCAUCUUCAAGCCUCAUCUGAAAUAUACUACAAAGGUAUUAAACUUGUAUAUAGUUCGAAUGAAUCUUCUGUUGAAUUUCAACGUAAGAUUCUGGAGCGGUCUGGACUAGGUGAAGAGACUUGUCUUCCUGAAGGAUUGCAUGCCACACCCCCAAACCGAAGCUUAGAGUUCACUAGGAAAGAGACAGAGCAAGUUAUGUUUGGAGCUUUGGAUGAUCUCUUCUCCGGUACUAAUGUCAAACCCCAAGACAUUGGUAUUCUUGUGGUGAAUUGUAGUUUGUUCAAUCCUACUCCCUCACUUUCCGACGUUAUCAUUAACAAAUAUAAAUUGCAAAGUGAUAUUAAGAGCUAUAAUUUGGGAGGGAUGGGAUGUAGUGCUGGAGUCAUUGCAGUGGAUCUUGCCAAGGGAUUACUUCACGUGCACCAAAACACUUGUGCUAUUGUCUUGAGCACUGAGAACUUGACUUUACGGGCGUACUUUGGAGACAACAAAUCUAUGAUGGUAACUAAUUGUCUAUUUCGUGUUGGCGGAGCUGCAAUUCUCCUCUCCAACAGAAAUCAAUAUAAACGGCAAGCUAAGUACAAAUUAGUUCAUAUUAUCAGAACUCACCAUGGUUCAGACGAUGAAGCUUAUAAUUGUGUGCACCAGUUCGAAGACGAUGCUGGUAAGCUUGGUGUUUCCCUGUCCAAAACUCUUAUGCCCGUUGCAGGGUUGGCACUAAAGACCAAUAUCACCACUUUAGGUCCUCUCGUGCUUCCACUCCGCGAACAACUUAGAUUUCUCAUUACUAUGGUGACCAAGAAAAUUUUCAAGAACCUGAAAACCAAGAGUUAUGUUCCUGAUUUCAAACUUGCAUUUGAGCAUUUUUGUAUACAUGCCGGUGGAAGAGGGAUAAUCAAUGAAAUGGAAAAGAACCUUAAACUUUCUCCUACUCAUGUUGAGGCUUCACGAAUGACUCUUCAUCGAUUUGGAAACACGUCAUCGAGCUCAAUUUGGUAUGAGUUGGCCUACAUUGAGGCUAAAGGAAGGAUGCAUAAGAACGACCGUGUCUGGCAGAUUGCAUUAGGAAGUGGGUUUAAGCGUAAUAGUGCAGUCUGGGUUGCUCUCAAAAAUGUAAAACCAUCAUCUCUUCGUGACAGUAACAAGGGAAACCCUUGGGAAGAUUGCAUUCACAAGUAUCCCAUGAAAAUUGGUGUUUAAUUAGUAGUUCUUGGAUUGCAUAUAUGCACCUUCGCUAUGUUGAUUGUGCCCGAAUAAGUCAAUAAUAAGCGUCAGAGCUUUGAUUUGUUAAACUAAGCUUUGUAGUUUUGACAGCAUGAUACAGGAUCAUGUGAGCCUUUUGUUAUAUCGAAUCUUACCUCAAGUUUUAAUUUGUUGAUGACUAUAACUUAAAGUU